AUGAGCGCCCGAAUACCCUCAAGGCGGCUGGGGCACUCAGCCUCUGCCAUCUUUCAGCCUCGAUCCACACGAUGGGUGCCAACUAUCGUUGUUGCCGCCACCGCGCGACGAAACAUCUCGAAUCCUUUCAAAUCCAAGGCCAAUGACUCGGGGGAAGACUUGUCGAAUCCGCUCUUAGAAACAUAUCUCAAGCGGAGGGAGAUUGAGGAGGGGGCUGCAAAGGGUGGGAGGGACAAGACGCCUGCAAGGCCGCAAUUGCGCGAGGGAGGCAUGAAUGAGGACCCAGAUUCGCUGUUCCGUCCUGAACGCGAGAUUCCCGGUUGGAGCCCCGCGCUCCCACAAGAGACGCAAGCAAAACUCAAGGCCGAGGCCGAGGCCCGAAGGGCCGCUACACAAGCCGACAAUGAGAGGAAACUCUCAGAGCUGAACAUUGACCCCGACCCACAAGCACGACGGCGCCUUGAACGCGAACUCGUGAUUCGACGUGUCAAGCGCCAUGGCCGUCUCACAAAAGCCGACAACAUCGCCCGCACGGAGCGUCAGAGUGUGUUCAAGUCGCAAGCUCUGCCGACUUCAACGAAGAAGCUCCAGAAAGUGGUCAACCAGAUUGCUGGCAAGACUGUGUCAGAAGCGCUCGUGCAACUCCGCUUCUCAAAGAAGCGCAUCGCCCGCGAUGUCAUCAAGGGUCUCGAGAUCGCACAGAAUGAGGCUAUUGUAGGCCGCGGAAUGGGUCUUGGAGACGGCAAACGCGCAACGCAGAGGUGGGAGAAGCAGAGGGGGUUACCGUCUGCAGGCGACAAGUCCACAUUGACUACCCAGAACACGAAACAAGCACCGAUACGCCGAGGUGUGAUUGAGAUGAAGGAUGGAAGCAAGAAGAUGAUCACGGAUCCGUCGGAAAUCUACAUUGACCAGGCAUGGGUGGGCAAGGGCGAGAUGUGGAAGAGUCCCGAGUUCAGGGCUAGAGGAAUGGUCAACACACUGCGGCAUAGGACGACGAGUUUCACUGUCCUUCUAAAGGAAGAGAAGACGCGUAUGCGUAUCUCAGACGAGAUUAAGAAGAAGCGCGACAAGCGAAAGUUGUGGACAGCCCUAUCUGAUCGACCAGUUAUCGCACAACGACAGUACUGCUUAUGGUAGAUUGUAAGAUUGGCUAUGUAGCAUAUGCAUAGCAUUGCAGUCAAGCAUAUGGCUGGAGGAGAGCUAGAUUUGUACAAUAUGCCAUUCAUCCCAUUCAAGCA